GCGAGGUAGUCCGGUCGGAGCCAUAUUGAUUUUUUUGUGAUAAUUACCACGACGGGUGGUGCGUGUUGCGCGGGCCGACGUUGUUACGCGAAGCGAAGAUGCACUCCACCUGGGACACUCGCCGCUGCCGUAUGCAUGUUGUCGACGACGCUGUGUGACGUGAGCGACUUGGUGUGCGACGAGGGAGAGCGCGGCGUGGCCGCGACGAUGCCGUAGGCGCAUCUCCGGCAUCGCGGCCGCGACAUUUCCAUGGAAACGUAGACGCGUGGCUGGUGGCUGGUGGUAGUGCGUGCGGUGCGGGAGUCCGUCCGUCAGUUCCCCGUCCGUUGUCAUCGUCGUUGUCGUCGUCGUCAUCGUCAUCGUCGUCGUCGUCGUCGACGGCAUUGUUGUUGUCGUUGCUCCGCAUGAUGCUGCUUUAGGUUAAUCGCGGACGCGAUCCGGAUCGCACUGAAAUUUACGUCGACGACGGCACCUGAUCGUCGCCCUUGCUCCGCAAUUGGAUUACCAACAAGCAUAGAAGACCAGAAUUUAAAGAGAGCACAGCUUCUUUUUGCAAGAAGAGCAUCGAGUGGUGUUAAUGCUCGCAUGAUAUUGCUAUUCUUAGAUUUUGUACAAUGAGCAGCUGGACAGAGAGAAUGCAUCGACGCGCUGCUACAUUAGGAAAUGUUGUAACCAGUUGUGGACAUCCUUCCUCAGUACCACCAUAUCCGAGACGCUUGGAAAAAGUUAAAUUUGGAGUACCUCUGGACGAAGUGUGUAAGAAUGAUAUUCCUGGCCCCUUAUUGGUUCUUAUAUUGAAAUUAAACAAGGAGGCCCCGCUCAGAAAAGACGUUUUUCGGGCGCCUGGCCACCAGGGUAAUAUGAAGAAGUUGAUACAUUUUCUGCAAACCGGACACCUCGUCAAUAUGGACAAUUUUAGUGUUUACACAAUAGCUAGCGUUCUGAAGAAAUUUUUACGCAAAAUACCUGGCGGAGUGUUUGGGAAGGAGGGCGAACAGCAACUGUUUACCGUAAUUCAGCUAGAUAGCAUAGAACAACAACGGGACCAGAUACACAGAUUAAUUACUUCCAUGCCAAUAUAUACGCAAAGGUUACUGGUGUUGCUAUUCGGGACAUUCAGGGUAGUAGCGGUAAAUAGCGAACGAGCGCACACGGGAAUGACCAGCGAAGCUCUAGGGGUAUCUGUGGCACCUUCGUUCUUUCAGAGUUGUGUCAGCGAUGGCAAGACUGCUAAGAUGGAGGAUGUUUUCAGGUUUAAGAUUGCCACACGCGUUACCAAAUUCAUGAUAGACAAUUUUGGUGUUUCGAAUCUGUUCGGAAGAGAUAAUUAUGAAUUUUAUGCGCGCAUAACUGGCAGGAUAUUGAAGGUGGAAGAAGACUGGAUCUUCAGUUUUAGAUAUCCACCAGAUACUCUCGUGUCGAGACAAUUGUCGCUGGAGGCGGAAAAGACGUGGUUGCAAUAUGAAUGCGAAAGAUGGGGACUUAAAUUUAAUUUGGAAUGUAUGUCUCACCAAGAGGAAUCGCAGUCGACUCCAGCGUUGAUUCACAUGCCGGAGACAGUGAAUCUCGCGUCAUCGCUAGGCAUGAUCCCGGAGAACACCUUACUCGAGAGUUACACGCGUCUUUCGGUUAGUUUAGAAGAAAACGGCCUUUUUCAGGCGCCUAGUCGUUCGUCGAGUAACGGCAGUCAUCAUUCUAGACGCGCGACUGCAGGCAUGACCCUGGACGAGUUGCGCGCGGUGAAUCGCUACGCCGAGAGUACCAAAAGUCUCAGCUACCUGCCACAGGUUCACGAAAGACAAGCCGCGCGUAUGCGAACUAGAUCUGAAUGGUUUCUCACACCUGUGGGGGAAAGACUGGUAGGAACUGAUAGUGACCCCACAGCGAUACACGUUUUACGCGGUUCCAAUCGGUCUUCCUCCGGUAACAUCGCCACAGGCUUGAGCGCCAGCGCGGAAUCAGUAAAGCGGCCGAGUCUGCGGAGAACUUCAUCUAGGGAGAAGCAGCGUCUGCAUCGCAGUUCGUCUCGACGCAACAAAGAGAACGGCGCAAAGGGAGGCGUUCGCUCGGCAGCGGCGGACGUAUCGCGUUCUCUAGAGGCGAUCAAGACCGUGAAGAUUGUGCGAGUGACGGUAACGGCGGAUCAACAGCAGCAACAGCAGCAAUCAGCAGCUCAGAAGAUGCUAGACAACAGCUACAACGAGAUCAUCGAGGAGCAGACGACACGUGUGCCGUCGCGCACAGGUGGCGAUAGCGUUAUCGGGCCUCAGGAUUGUACCGAGAUGGACGUAAAAACAUUUCACGUUACUCUGACAUACAAGCCGCGGAUAUAGAUGAUUUCUUGUUUCUGUUCUUCUUUUUGUAAUCUCGAUGCGUUUAAGAAUAUUUUUUUUAAGAAUAUUUUUUUAUUAUUUUCUCGUAUGAAAUUCAAUCUUAAAUGUGCUAAAUAUAAAACGAUGUUUUUAUCUCGCAAUCUCAAUAAUUUUAAAACUAUCAGAUUUAGACGUUAUUCUGUUCGCGUAAAAAGGAUAUAGACGAAUAUAGACGAUUUUUUUUCUAUUUUUUUUAUCUCGAUAGGAAUAUAUCAAAUUUGGACUUUCUCGAAAUUACAUAUAUUUAUAUAUAAGAAGAUUUCUCUCUUAUAUUUGUUGCCGUAGUUAAAAAACGUGCUGUUCAUUUUGAAGAAUAGAAGAAUGAAUUUUUAUCGUUUUGAUUAUUCCUCGUCAAUAAUGAUAUUCCGUAAUGGGAUGAUAAAUUACGUAUCUCGUUUACUUUGAUUUUAUAUCGAUUUCGGUUACUCCCUAAUAGACACUAUCUAUCGUGGCAUUCCAGACGCAUUUACUCUUGCCCCGCGAUACUUUUAACUCAUUUUUUUUUUAUAUUUGUGAUUUACUCGAUAAUUUCAUUCAUUAAUCGAGACAUCUCUCGUUUUAUAUGAAUCAUAUCACAUUAUUUAUUCCAAGCUAAUGUUAGAAUGACUUAAAUAUUCAAAAUCUUUUUUGAUCAAUGUUACGUGUCUAAUGUACCGGGUGCUCCGCGGAGUAUCCAACAAUAUUAUUAACCGACAAAUUUUAGUUUUAUAAAUUAUUUCAAUCCGCGUGUAUAUGUCUGUUGAUAAAAGCGAAGAAAUAAUUUUUUGCACUACAACGCGAGCCACCGAUUUGCGAAUUAAGCUUUAAAAACGCGAACUUAUAGAUAAGAAGAUCUUACAAUUUAUUUAUAAUUUUAGAUAUAAAUCUUUAAUAAAAUUUAUAUUUAAAACUCGGUCGUUAAAUAUUUAUAAAUAUUUAAUUUAAUUACAAAUCGUGAUGAAAUGGAAUAUUAAAAACGAUCUCGUCAAUUUCAAUGAUCUUGAAAUAUGCUAAGAUUAUGGCCAUGUAAGCAACAAAAGAUUUUAGCCAUCACUAAUUGUUUUUUGCAAAGUUAUAAAAUCGUAAACUAGUAGCGAAAAUAGACGGCUGUUACAAUAAAAGUUUUCUGAAACUACUCUUGGUACAGUUUGCCGGAUAUUUCGCGGGAUACUCUGUGUAAAAUGAAUUUUGAUAGAUCGUAUAAUAAGUAUUUACGAGAAAUUUUUUUCCUUCAACGCGACGUGCCGGUCGCAAAUGCUAGCAUAUAAAUGCAUCGUCACGGUUGUUACAUGCCAAAUUAGUAGUAUUUGUAAGAUGUAUUUAUAAACCGUCGAUUAUAAGGACAUUACAUGAUCGUGAUGUCGCAUAUGUUAAGAAAAUCGUUAACGAUAAGACAGGAUGAUUCGAUGGAAACGAGAUGCUUUCUAAUAUUUUUUUCGGGCUCGACAAUACAGAAAAAUCAUGCAAUACAAUUGAAAGGUUUUUCAAGAAAAAGAGAUCAUUAAAAUUUUUUAAUUAAGGAUUAUAUAUCUAUAAUAUAUCACAGUCAUAUCAAGAUGGUUUCAACUUAAUGACUUUGAACAAGAAAAAUUUUAAAUUAAAUUGGAAAAUUUUAAAGACAUAUAAAGUUAUUUUGUGUUAAAUUUUUAUGCAUUGAAUAUCGAAAAUAUUUAGAAUCACUCAAAUUGUAUUGUUCACAUUUUUUUUUUUGUUUCUCGAAUCCAGGAGAGAUAAUAGGAGGAUUCUAUUUCUGGCGAUUCAUUCUAGGAUACAUAAAGGCUAUACCAUAGGACAGUACUCGAUAUUACUCUGAUCUAGAGCGAAACAAAAGAUACUUAUCAUCUUGAGUAUCUUUCUUGAUAAAAAACAAAAAAAAAAUAAAUAAAUAAGAUCAUACAUACACAACGAAAGUGUUCCAUAAAUAAAAGUAUAUAUAGAGUUAUUGAUGGAGCUCGCGACGGGUUUUCCAGAUUGCGAUUGGUUAAAUUGAUCGCGAUCGAUCCUAAGGAAAAAGUUGACGGAUUAAUAUAGCGAAGAAAAUGUUGUGAGAGCGGGAACGCGAGAAAGAGAUACCUUUCCAAGUGUCUCACGUAACUAAAGAACUUAUUUCCAAACCAUUUUGAAUGCGUAUUUAUCAAUAAACAAAUAUUAUUAAGAACAAUUGAAUAUUAUAAAGCCAAAUAAGCGCAUCUAAUUUUUAUGAAAGAUGAGAGUUGAAGUUGGUUUGGGGAUAAGUCUUUUGGGGAUAAUAUCCUCUCCGCGAAGGCCACAUUAAACGUAAAAUAAUAUAUAUUUAUGAAUGAUAACACGUGUAAAUAUUUAAUACCAAAAAUGUAAGAUUGUUAUUAUAUAUUGGACGUAAUAUAUAUACAUAAAUGUAAACGUGAAA